AUGAAGAGGAAGCUUGAUGCCAAUGAUGUUCCCUCGCCGGAAGCGGUCGAAGGGAAGAAAACCAAGGAUUUGCCCGACGCCGACUUUGAAAGUCUCAACCUGGAUCCCCGACUGCGCCAAGCCUUGAUCAAAGAGAAAUUCACCAAACCCACGUUGGUUCAGGCCAAGGCAAUCCCCCUGGCUCUCGAGGGGAAGGAUGUUCUGGCUCGCGCAAAGACUGGCUCCGGUAAGACCGCGGCCUAUGUGCUUCCGAUCCUGCAGACUAUUCUCCAGAAAAAGACGGCCGAUCCGUCUCUCAAAGCCACCACCGGUCUCAUCCUCGUCCCUACACGAGAGCUGGCGGAUCAAGUCCAGAAAGUCAUCGCCGCGUUCGCUGCCUUUUGCGGAAGAGAUGUCCGCUCCGUAAAUCUGACGCAAAAGGUGUCGGAUGCGGUCCAACGAACGAUGCUGGCCGAUUACCCGGACCUGGUGGUUUCGACGCCGUCUCGCAUUAUCGCCAAUCUCGGCAACUCCGCCCUCUCCCUCGAAAACCUGACACAUCUUGUGAUUGAUGAAGCAGACCUGGUACUUUCGUACGGAUACGAUGAGGAUAUCAAUAGUCUGGCCAAAGCAAUCCCUCGCGGCGUGCAGACAUUCUUGAUGAGUGCUACUCUAACCUCAGAGGUGGACACUCUGAAGGGCUUGUUCUGUCGAAGCCCCGUGAUUCUGAAGCUGGAGGACAAGGACGAUCAAGGUGCCGGUGUUAGUCAGUUUGUCGUGAAAUGUGCGGAAGACGAAAAGUUCCUGCUUACCUACGUCAUCUUCAAGCUGCAGUUGAUCAAGGGAAAGGUGAUUAUCUUCGUUGGAGAUGUGGACCGCUGCUAUCGUCUCAAGCUGUUCCUUGAGCAGUUCGGCCUGAAGAGUUGUGUGCUCAAUUCAGAGCUACCCAUCAACUCUCGGAUACACGUCGUCCAGGAAUUCAAUAAGGGUGUCUACGACAUUAUAAUCGCUGCCGACGAGCAGGAGGUCAUGGGAGCCCGAAAGUCUUCCAAGAAAGCCAAGGAAGGGGACGAGGGGGUGGGCUCAAGUGAUGAGGACGAGGAGGAGACCAAGUCCCGUUCCGACAAGCGCAAGAAGUUGACAGGAAAAGAGAAGGACUACGGCAUCUCCCGAGGCAUUGACUUCCAAAACGUGGCAUGUGUGCUGAACUUUGAUCUUCCUAGCACUUCCAAAUCAUACACUCACCGCAUUGGCCGUACUGGAAGAGCCGGCAAAGCGGGUAUGGCACUGUCAUUCGUGGUUCCCUCGGAUCAGUACGGCAAACACAAGCCUACAAGCAUAUCGUCAGCAAAGCAUGACGAGACCGUCCUAGCCAAGAUCGUGAAGCGGCAGGCUAAACUCGGACACGAGGUGAAGCCGUACCACUUCGAAAUGUCCCAGGUGGAUGCAUUCCGAUACCGUAUGACCGACGCCCUGCGCGCCAUCACCCGUCUCGCGGUGCAGGAAGCUCGUGCGCGGGAGAUCCGCCAGGAGCUGAUCAAAAGCGAGAAGCUGAAGCGCCACUUCGAGGAAAACCCCGAGGAGCUGCGCCAGCUGCGCCACGACGAUGAAGUGCGCUCCGCUCGCGUGCAGCCGCACUUGAAGCACAUCCCCGACUACCUAAUGCCUUCAAAGGGUCGAAAGGGAAUCUCGAGCGAGAACGUGGGCUACGUGUCUUUCAAGAAAACCAGCAACAACCGGAUUCGCAACGCCAGGGAGAAGAAUCGGAGCAAGGGCAAGGGCAACAAGGGUCGGAAUUACGCCGGCGUGAAGAAGAGGGUGGACCCGCUGAAGACAUUCAAUCGGGGGAAAAAGUGA